AUGUCUUCCGGCAAGUGGCAAGAACUGGCGAAGGCGAAGAGAGAGCAGCUCCAACAAGGUAUCCCUAAAGAAUGGACCAUUUCCCCGCGCUCGGAGUCCAAUGUACUUCAGAUUCCUGGCGAAUGUGGGGUACUGAGCUCCCAAGAAUUGGAGAUUACAUCUCUCUCAGACGUUUCCGUACUCCUGCGCAAUAUAGCCACUGCCAAAUGGUCUUCGCUCGAAGUGACCAGGGCUUUCUGCAAGCGUGCUGCGAUCGCCCAUCAAGUGACGAACUGCUUGACCGAUGCUUUCUUUGACUCUGCAUUGAAGAAGGCAGCAGAGUUGGACGACUACCUUCAACGGAACGGCAAGGUGGUCGGACCCCUUCACGGCCUCCCUAUAUCGCUGAAAGACCAGUUCCAAGUCAAAGGGUACCCCACGCCAAUGGGAUACACCUCUUGGCUUGACAAGGUGGCCGAAGAAGAUGCCGUCGUCGUCCAAAUUCUUCGAGAGUCCGGUGCCGUGAUAUACGUGCGAACCAAUGUACCGCAGACCUUGAUGUGGACGGAGACGUAUAACAAUGUUUACGGCCGUACGGUUAACCCAUUCAACACGUCCCUCACGCCUGGCGGAUCCAGUGGCGGAGAAGCCGCGCUACUUGCUAUGCACGGUAGUAUCCUUGGUCUAGGGACCGAUAUCGGCGGAUCGAGUCGGCUUCCCGCGCACUUCUGUGGUGUAUACGGAUUUAAACCUUCGUAUCACCGCCUCCCGUGGUACGGGGCAGUCAAUUCCCUGGAUGGUCAGGAAUCCAUAUCAACUGUUGUCGGGCCAAUGUCGACGUCUAUGAGUGGGCUUCAAAUCAUUACCAAGGCCAUUCUGGACGCCAAGCCCUGGCGUAAGGACCCACAGGCUCUGAGAAAGCCUUGGGACCAUGAAGGAUAUGCUUUGAGCGAGCACGUCGGAGGCAAACGCCUAUGCUUCGGUAUUAUGUGGGACGAUGGAACUCUGAAGCCACAUCCGCCUGUCCUACGAGCGUUGAGGCAAGUCAAGGGUGCCUUGGAGGCCGCCGGACACUCGGUUAUCGAUUGGACUCCUUACAAGCAUGGCGAAAUAUAUGAUGUAACGAGAGCCAUCUGGUAUGCUGAUGGUGGCGAAGAUUAUGAAGCCUGUUUGUCGCCGACAGGAGAGCCGCUUAUCAACUCAAUGAAGCCGGGUGCAGAUCCGCACGAAGUUGUGGCACAUCGCAAGCCACGCGAACCGCUCUCAGCUUACAAGCUAUGGCAGCUUCACAAGCAGAAGCGACGGUUAAGGAAAGAGCACCUUGACCGCUGGGAGUCUACGUCCUCUAGAACGGGUACGGGGAGGCCUAUUGAUGCCUUGUUGUGUCCCGUUGCCCCCUACGUGGCUGUCCCUCAUGGCCAGACACGGUCCGCAGUGUAUACCAUGAUCUGGAAUGCUUUAGAUUAUCCCGCAUUGGCCAUACCUGUGACGAAGGUGGAUCCUUCUGUCGAUACGGUUCAAUCUCGAGAGCGAUUCUUUAGCCCGGAUGACGAGACCCUACACAAGCUGUACGAUCCAGAGAUAUUCAAGGGAGUGCCUGUCGGAAUACAACUUGUCACGCAGCCACAAGAAGAGGAGGCGUUGUUGGCGAUGGGGCAGAUUGUGGAUGAUGCUAUCCGAAAGCCGUCUGAAACUUGUGGACUUUAG